AUGGUUUGAGUAUGGUGGUGCAAAUAGCAAAAAACGAAAAACAAUCCGGAUCCCGGAUCUGAUAUAAACACAAACAGAAAUUAGAGACAUAAACAAGGAAUCUUUGAGAAUUAAUUUUGCUCCUGCAGUUUGACGGAAAUUUGAGACGUUCUGCAUGAUACACUUGAGGGUCCCGUGCUUCGUCAAUUUAUUUUGUUUAUUGAAUUUUAUUUUAAAACCAUGUCACAUUACAAAGAUGAUUACGACGAAGGCGAUGACAUCAGCGAGGACGGCGAAAUAAGAUCCCGAGCCGUCAAGAUCAAAGCAAAACGACAUGUGGACGAAGGGUCUGAUGUUUCGGACACGCAGGACUCUCUAGACAUUCGUCCGCCGCAGAGCAUUCCAAGCAAAGAACACAUGAAGCGGUCAAGGACAGAUCGCAGUCGCUACGGCGACAAGACAAGCGGUGGUCGUCGGCAGAGGAAGGACUCGCACCGCAAGGGUCACCACAGACAAAGGGAGCACAGAAGGACCGAACGGAGCAGCAGGGACGGCAGCAAGCGGCAGCACCGCGAACGGCGCGAGGAAAGGUCCUCGCAGAGCGGAAGUCGCCGCGAGGAGCGACCGCCGCCGGCCUUGAUGUCCCUGCCGACCCCGCAGAUCGAAGACCUCCGAGGUCACCUGGAACGCAAGAGCGAGAAGAGUAGGAGUGAUAAGGACAAGGAGCACCACAGGGAGAGAAGCAGGGUGGAGCCCGAGGUGCGAAAACCGCCGCCGGAGACUCCACAGCAGAGGGAGGAAAGACUGGAGAAGGAGAGGAGGAUGGAACGCAUUCUUAACGCAGAGAGGGAACGGGAGAGGCAAAAGGAGAUCUCGAGGAAGGAGAUGGAAAUGAGGAAAACACGACGAGAGAAAGAAGAAGAGCCUGCUGUCGACAAGGAACAGAUCCAAAGAAAAAAGCCAAAAUUGGAAGAGGAAAAAGAAUUUGAGGAGGUCACUGUUGAGUCUGACAGUGAAGAGGAGUCACAGGAGGAUGGCGAGGAGCAGUCCGAGGACAGCAGCAGUGAUGGACAGGAAGAAGAGUCGAGUAAAGAAGAGUCCAGCAAUGAAAGUGACAGCGAGUCUGGAUCGUCCUCAGAUUCUUCGGAUAGCAAUGACGAGGAAGAAUCGGAAAAUGCAGAGGUGGAGGAGAGCAAGGUUGAGAAAAAGGUCAGCGACAAGUCCGAGGAGGAGGAUAAAAAUGAUGACACGGCGUAUGUCAACACACCGCCACACUCUGACGUAGAAAUGGUUGAAGAGGAAGAAGUGGACCCGUUGGACAAACUGCCGCCGUACCUGCCAGCAAUCCAAGGGUGCCGCAACGUUGAGGAGUUCCAGUGCCUGAACAGAAUCGAAGAGGGCACCUACGGCGUUGUGUACAGGGCGCGCGAUAAACGCACCGAGGAAAUCGUUGCCCUGAAGAGGCUCAAGAUGGAAAAGGAGAAGGAAGGCUUUCCCAUCACUUCCCUCAGGGAAAUCAACACCCUUCUCAAAGCCCAGCACCCCAACAUAGUCACCGUGCGUGAAAUCGUGGUCGGCAGCAACAUGGACAAAAUUUUCAUUGUCAUGGACUACGUCGAGCACGACCUCAAAUCACUCAUGGAAACCAUGAAGCAGAAAAAGCAGUUUUUCAUGCCAGGAGAAAUCAAGUGUCUGAUGCAGCAGCUGCUGAGAGCCGUUGCACACCUGCAUGACAAUUGGAUCCUGCAUCGCGAUCUCAAAACGUCCAAUCUUUUGCUGAGUCAUCGAGGCAUCCUUAAGGUUGGAGAUUUUGGCCUUGCCAGGGAGUACGGCUCUCCUUUGAAGGCCUACACACCCAUUGUGGUCACCUUGUGGUACCGGGCGCCGGAACUUUUGCUUGGAGUUAAGGAAUAUUCUACACCGAUCGAUGUGUGGUCUGUGGGGUGCAUUUUUGCCGAGCUGCUGCUGAUGGAGGCUCUUUUCCCAGGCAAAUCCGAAAUCGACCAGCUGAACAAAAUCUUCAAAGCUCUCGGCACCCCGAACGAGAAGAUCUGGCCUGGUUACAAAAAACUUCCCAACGUCCAGAAAAUGACUUUUGCCGAAUACCCGAUCAGUCACCUGAGGACAAGAUUCGCCACCUCCCUCACCGAGUACGGUUUCGACCUUAUGAACAGUUUUUUGACAUUCGACCCCGCCAAGCGGAUAACAGCAGAGGCCGCGAUCAAGCACAAGUAUUUUGAUGAGACCCCGUGCGCCAUUGACCCUGCAAUGUUCCCCACGUGGCCUGCCAAGAGUGAGAUGGGCCACAAGAAAGCCGCUUCGUCGCCAAAGCCCCCCUCCGGAGGCCGAGAGUACAAACAAUUAGGUGACGGUGAAGAUGACAUCACUGUGGCAGGCAGAAGUCUGUUCGAAGCACGGAAAACCGUGGUCGGAGCUGGCUUUGCUCUGAGAUUUUGAAGAAAAAUAAACAAUCAAGAGAAUGUGGAAAGAGGAAGGAAAAAAUAAAGAUCUAAUUGUACUCGUAAACUAACAAUAAGCCAGUAUUU